AAUUCAAAACGAAACCAAAAACAUCUGUUUAUUUCCAAACUUUCAUCUUCAUCUCGGAUUGUAUUGUUAUUUGGGAUUAAUAUUUAUUUAAAUUCCAAUUAUAAUCAUAGACUCGUACUCAAAAUACCAUCAACAAGAUGAAUGAUCCAAAUAAAAAAAUUGAUGUAAAUCUAUCUUCUCUGAUGAGCCUCAAAGCGGAACUUCUGCGUAAACAGGCUGAAGUGAGUAAAGUAAAAGCAACCCGAUCUACUGAACCCACAGUUCCCAACAAAGCUAAAAUUUACAAAAAGGACACAAUCACUGAGCUACCCAGUAAUGUAAGUGAAACGAAAUCCUCUAAAAUAUAUGAAGUAGAAGAUUCCGCAUUGCUUGAGAAAUCAAAAAAGGUCCUAGAAGCCAAAUCGAAAUAUUACGACCGAAUGAUAGCAAUGGGCGGUCAAUUAAAUUCAGAUGACAAUUGCCUUGUUCUUUUCAAUCGCAAAAAGCAAGAAGACCCAAGGCCUUAUUCACCAGAGAAAAGAUACUCAUCUUCAUCUGAUAACUCUGAUAGUGAAGGGGAGCCUGACGAGGAGCCAGUUAAUCCAGAAGAUGAGUGGGUUGAAUAUACAGAUUGUCUGGGGAGGACUCGAAAAUGUUUGCGCGGUGAUCUGGAGGUAAUUAAGAAAAAAGAUACAGAGUUAGCAGCGAGUAUUCCUGAGCGUCUGGAUCAAAAUCGGCCCAAUUGGAUGAUCGAUGUUGUCGGCAAGGAGGCACCGCCUGAAUCUCAGGCACCCACGGUGUCUGUUAUGGGCGAAGAUGGCGUCUCAAUAAUUUCCAAGCAUGACGAGAUGCGCAACAACUGGGAAAAAAAGGAAAUUGAAAAUUUCGCAAAAGAAAAUGUUCAUUACCAAGACGUGUUUUUCGAUGAAGCGCGCCAACACGGUGUUGGCUACUAUGCAUUUUCCACGGACGAAGAAGAAAGAGCCCGUCAACAAAAGGAACUGGAAGAAACACGCAAAAGAACCCUUAACGAACAGGCAAACAAGGAAUCCCAGCGUAUUCACCGAGAGAAGAUAAUCGCAGAAAGAGUUAAGGCAGCAAAGAACAGACAAAGAGCUCGCCUAGGUCUUCCACCACUCGAAGAUGAAGAAAUCAAAGAAGAUGAAAAACCAAAGGAAACAAAAGAGGAGCGAAAGCUACGGAAAAAAGCUGAAAAACAGAAACGCCGACAAGAGAAGGAAGAAAAACUUCGUGAAGAAGAGCGUCAAAAUCAUGUGCGUCCUUGGGAUAAAAAAAAGACUGGUGUACACUCAGAGCCAGAUACUGAAGAAUCCACUCUUGAACAACCGUGGACCUACAGACCUGAUCGUAAUCCGAUGUCACAAGAACAAUGGAAUGAACAAAAACGAACGGAAAGAAAUCCUGAAUUCGCACCGCGGGUUGAAGAACCUUCCAGAAAAUACAAACACAGAGAUGGACCGGGACCCGAAACAACACACCUACCGCCUCUGCCUAAGAUGUCAAGGACCAGCUUUAAAGGGGAUAACCUUAAAUUCCCCAUGGCACCACCACCGAACCCAUUUACCUCAGUUACUUGUGACGAUGCGGGAUUCGAUAGUUUUUCGGCCUUUCAAUCUACAAAAAGAACAAACACUUUCCAAAAAAGGAACUCAAAUGCUUUGGCGGAUGCAGAAAAAGAAGAAGUCUUUCAAAAUCGACGAGGUGCUGAAAUACCACCUCCGAUGAAUUUGGACCCCGAACCGUACGUAAGAUCACGUCAAGCUGAACAAAGCCUUGAGAGUUCCAUAGAAGCUGGUCUUAAAUUCUUACGCAACAACUUUGAUAAAAAUACAUUGGCCAACAAGUCCAGUUGGACUGCAAAGUCCGAUUAUUAGAUUGAAAUAAAAUUAGUUUAACCCAAA